AUGGGCAACGAGGCGAGCUUGGAAGGGGAAGGGCUCCCGGAAGGGCUGGCGGCGGCGGCGGCGGCGGCAGCAGCCGGAGGAGGGGCUGGCGGGGCGGGGAGCUCCUUGCACACCGUGAUCCCGGCCGGCAUGGAGGCGGAUCUGAGCCAGCUGAGCGAAGAGGAGAGGAGACAGAUCGCCGCUGUCAUGUCAAGGGCGCAGGGGCUGCCCAAGGGAAGCGUCCCCCCGGCCGCUGCGGAGCCGCCUUCCAUGCACAGGAAGCAAGAGUUGGAGAGUAGUCAUCCUCCAAAGCAACCCGGAAAACCGCCGGACCCUGGGCGUUCAGCUCAGCCUGGUCUCAGUAAAAGUAAAACUACAGACACUUUGAGGUCAGAGCAGAAGUCGCCUGGAAGGAGUCCUUCCACUAUUAGCUUGAAAGAAUCAAAGUCCAGAACUGAUUUGAAGGAAGAGCACAAGUCUAGUAUGAUGCCUGGCUUCCUCUCAGAGGUUAACCCUUUAAGUGCUGUCUCCUCUGUUGUAAAUAAAUUCAAUCCUUUUGAUUUGAUAUCAGACUCUGAUGCAUCCCAGGAAGAAACUGCCAAGAAACAAAAAAUAGCUCAGAAAGAACAAGGCAAACCUGAAGGAAUCACAAAGCCUCCAUCACAACAAUCACCUAAGCCAGGUCCAAAGCAGCAGGGACCUGUGAGGGUCCCACCACAGCAGGAUGGCUCUCCCAAAUCAGGAUCUUCUCAGCAACCGGAAAAGAUGAAAUCACAGCCCCUAGGGACAGGCAAGCCAGUUCAGGGGCUUACCCAGGCACCUCAGAUAGACCAGGCACAGUUGCCACUUCAGAGAGAUGCAGCCAGGCCUCAGACUAAACAGUCCAAUGCUGUAAGGGGAGAAUCAGUUAAACCCUCAGUGCAAAGCCCAACCAAACCAUCUAUUCAGCAAGCAAGUCCUGGAAAACCUUCAGCCCAGCAACCUGGACCUGAAAAAGUUGCCACACCACACCCUGGGCCUGCAAAGCCCUCAGCUCAGCAACCAGGGCCAACAAAGGCCUUAGCUCAACAGCCAGGGACAGCAAAGCCCCCAGUCCAGCCACCAGGGACAACAAAGCCUGCUGCUCAGCAGCCUGGGCCAAAGUCUUCAGCUCAGCCUCUUGGGCCUGCGAAGCCUCAAGCUCAACAGGCUGGGUCAGAGAAACUUCCAUCUCAGCAGCCAGGGCCAGCAAAGCCCCCAGCCCAGCAGCCAGGGCCAGCAAAAUCCCAAGCUCACCAACCUGGGCCACAGUCCCCAGCUCAGCCACCUGGGCCUGCAAAAGCUCCUUCUCAGCAGGCUGGGCCAACAAAGUCUCCGGCUCAGCAGCCUGGGCCAGGAAAAACUCCACCUCAACCGCCUGGCCCAGCAAAACCCCCUCCUCAGCAGCCUGGCCCAGCAAAACCCCCUCCUCAGCAGCCUGGCCCAGCAAAACCCCCUCCUCAGCAGCCUGGCCCUACAAAGCCCCCAACUCAGCAGCCUGGCCCGGCCAAGCCCCCUCCUCAGCAGCCUGGCUCUGCAAAGCCCCCUCCUCAGCAGCCUGGUUCUGCAAAGCCUUCACCUCAGCAGCCUGGUUCAGCAAAACCCACUCCUCAACAGCCUGGCCCAGCAAAGCCUUCAGCUCAGCAAUCUCCAAAGCCAGUAAGCCAAACAGGAGCUGGGAAGCCUCUGCAUCCAUCGACUUCUCCAUCUGCAGCACAGACUCCAGUACAAGGCCUCCCUAAAACCAUCUGUCCUCUUUGCAAUACCACUGAACUUCUGUUGCAUGUUCCAGAAAAGGCCAAUUUUAACACAUGCACUGAGUGUCAAACCACUGUAUGUAGCCUCUGUGGUUUUAAUCCCAAUCCUCAUUUAACCGAGAUAAAAGAGUGGCUCUGUUUAAACUGUCAGAUGAAGAGAGCUCUGGGAGGUGAUCUGGCUCCAGUCCCAUCAUCCCCUCAGCCCAAACCGAAGACUGCCCCCGUUACUCCUGCAUCCGCAGUGAGCAAACCAUCCCCACAGCCACAGCCGACUUCUCCAAAGAAGGAUACUGUACCCAAACAGGAUAUCUCAAAGGCCCCCGAGUCUAAGAAGCCCCCACCACUAGUGAAACAACCAACCAUUCACGGAUCUCCCCCACUGGCAGCCAAGCAGCCUCCUGUGGCCGAGUCCUCAUCCAAGCCUGCCCCCCCCAAAGAGCCUUCGGUCCCAUCUGAGCAGGCCAAGGUCCCCAUGGCUGAGGAUAAACCAAAGCAACCCAAGACGGUGAAACCAGCCACAGACAUUGUGUCUUCAUCGUCGAUAGCAGCAAAACCUGAUAUUCCAAGCUCCAAAGUACAGUCGGAGGAUCAAGAGAGAAUAGCCCCUCCUCUGAAAACAGAUGCUGCCAAACCCUCACAGAGUUUUCCACCAACAGGAGAAAAAGUCACCCCCGUCGAUUCUAAAGUCAUACCCCAACCUGCAUCAGAUUCAAAAAUUAUUUCGCAUCCUGGGCCUAGUUCAGAGAGCAAAGGUCAAAAGCAAGUUGAUCCAGUUCAAAAGAGGGAAGAACCCAAGAAAGCACAAACCAAAAUGACUCCUAAGCCAGAUGCCAAGCCGAUGCCAAAGGAGUCACCUCCGCCCCCAGGCCCACGACCUACCACUGGCCAAACUGCCCCCACAUCUCAGCAGCCCCCAAAGCCUCAGGAGCAGUCAAGACGCUUCAGUCUGAAUCUGGGAAGUAUUACUGAUGCCCCCAAAUCACAGCCCACGACGCCUCAAGAAACUGUGACUGGAAAACUCUUUGGGUUUGGAGCAUCGAUCUUCAGCCAGGCAUCAAAUUUAAUCUCCACAGCAGGCCAGCCUGGGUCUCAGUCUCAGAGUGGGCCUGGGGCCCCAACGAAACAAGGCCCUCCUCCGCCACAGCCACCUCCUCAGGGGCCACCCAAAUCCACGGGUCAGGUGCCAGCAGCACCUGCAAAGGUUAUCCCUGUGAAAAAAGAAACAAAAGCUCCAGGGGCUGAAAAAUUAGAGCCCAAAGCUGAAGGAGUUCCAACCGUAAAAAGAACAGAAACAGAAAAGAAGCCUCUGCCUGUUAAGGAUAGCAAAGCUUCAGCAGCGGAGCCUCAGAACGCUGUCAUUCCCCCCAAGUUGGAGAAAACCCCCAAACCAGAAUCGACCUGUCCUCUCUGCAAAACUGAACUCAACGUAGGUUCUCAGGAUCCUCCUAACUUCAGUACUUGCACUGAAUGCAAGAAUCAAGUGUGUAAUCUCUGUGGAUUUAACCCUACACCGCACUUGACUGAGAUUCAAGAAUGGCUUUGUUUAAAUUGCCAAACCCAGAGAGCAAUAUCAGGACAGCUUGGAGAUAUGGGCAAAAUGCCACCUACACCUUCAGGACCCAAAGCCUCUCCUAUACCUGUCCCUCCAGAACAACCAUCUCAGAAAACAGCAAUGCCUACCCAAGUAAAAAUGAAGAAGAAGGAACAAGAAGUAAAAACAGAAGCUGAGCAAGUCAUUCCAGAAAAAGUGAAAGAAAUACCAUCAGUUGAAAAGAUUGUCCCAAAGGUGACCACAGAUCACAAACAGGAGAGUCAACUAAAGGAAGACAAAACUUCAGCCCCUCAAGAAAAAAAGCCACCCCCUGAAGACAAAAAGCCACUCCCAGAAGAAAAAAUACCACCUCUUGAAGAAAAAAAACCAACUUCUGAAGACAAAAAGCCAGCCCCUGAAGACAAAAAGUUACCUCCAGCAACAAAACCAUCAGCUCUAGAGGCGGAACAGAAACAAGACUUACUUAAAACUCAAGUACCAACCACUGAAGAAGAGCCGGAAGGCAGAGUGGCUCCUCAGGUGGUACAGGAGAAACCGCCACAGACCAAGAUGGAGGCUGCACCCUCUGGCCUGACUCCAAGUUUGCCCAAGGAAGAUGAUGAGGCGACUCAAAAGAUGAAAGGACAGCAACAAGUGGCACGCACAGCAAAGCCUGAACCUGGGAGAGAAAAAACAGAAAAGGAAGAUGACAAAUCAGACACCUCAAGUUCUCAACAACCAAAAAGCCCACAAGGUCUGAGUGACACAGGAUAUUCUUCUGAUGGGAUAUCAAGUUCACUUGGUGAAAUUCCAAGUCUUAUUCCAAGUGAUGAAAAAGAUUUGCUCAAGGGACUCAAAAAAGACUCUUUUUCACAAGAAAGCAGCCCUUCCAGCCCCUCAGAUUUGGCUAAGUUAGAAAGUACCGUUCUAUCCAUUUUGGAAGCUCAGGCAAAUACACUUGUUGAAGAAAAGGCAGAAAAGAAAACCCAACCUCAUGAGGUUUCUUCUGAACCACCUAAGGACGAACCGAAAACUCAGAGUUUAUCUGAAACCCUAGAAACUACAAUUGCAGAAGAAGAGGUCACAAAGAGUCAAGAAGAAAAGGACACUUUAAAAAAAGAUAGCCAACAAGAUGUUCCUUCCAGAAAGGACCAUGAAGAAAAGCCUGAGUUUGUUGAUGACACAGCUACCAGAAGACAGCCUUAUGAUUCAGUUGAAGACAGUAGUGAAAGUGAGAACUCACCUGUUCCACAAAGAAAACGGAGAACUAGUGUUGGUUCAUCAAGCAGUGAUGAGUAUAAACAAGAAGAUAGUCAAGGAUCAGGUGAAGAGGAGGACUUUAUUCGAAAACAAAUCAUAGAAAUGAGUGCUGAUGAAGAUGCUUCAGGUUCUGAAGAUGAUGAGUUCAUUAGGAGCCAGCUCAAAGAGAUUAGUAGUAGUAUUGAGAGCCAGAAGAAGGAAGAAACAAAAGGGAAAGGGAAAGCGACAGCAGGGAAACACAGGCGACUAACUCGGAAAAGCAGUGCAAGCUUUGAUGAUGAUGCAGGGAGACGCCAUUCGUGGCAUGACGAAGAUGAUGAGACAUUUGAUGAAAGCCCUGAGCUUAAGUACAGAGAGACUAAAAGUCAGGAGAGUGAAGAACUUAUAAUUGCUGGAGGAGGGGGGCUACGUCGAUUCAAAACAAUUGAACUCAACAGCACGAUAGCAGAUAAAUAUUCUGCAGAGUCCUCACAGAAAAAAACAGCUCUGUAUUUUGAUGAGGAGCCAGAAUUAGAAAUGGAAAGCCUGACAGACUCUCCAGAAGAUAGGUCAAGGGGGGAAGGAUCUUCUAGUCUUCAUGCUUCCAGCUUCACUCCCGGCACAUCCCCUACAUCAGUGUCAUCACUUGAUGAGGACAGUGACAGUAGCCCGAGUCACAAAAAAGGAGAGAGCAAGCAGCAACGUAAAGCUCGGCACAGGUCACAUGGUCCUCUUUUACCUACUAUUGAAGAUUCUUCAGAGGAAGAAGAAUUGAGAGAAGAAGAAGAAUUAUUAAAGGAGCAAGAAAAGCAGCGGGAAUUGGAGCAGCAACAAAGAAAGACUUCUAGUAAGAAAUCAAAGAAAGACAAAGAUGAACUUCGAGCUCAGAGAAGGAGGGAAAGACCAAAGACACCACCAAGUAAUCUCUCUCCCAUUGAAGAUGCAUCUCCAACAGAAGAAUUACGUCAGGCUGCAGAAAUGGAGGAGCUCCAUCGAUCUUCUUGUUCUGAAUACUCACCUAGCAUAGAGUCAGACCCAGAAGGUUUUGAAAUAAGCCCAGAAAAAAUAAUAGAAGUGCAAAAAGUUUACAAAUUGCCCACAGCUGUGUCUUUGUACUCACCAACAGAUGAGCAGUCUUUUGUGCAGAAAGAAGGUGGCCAAAAGGCAUUAAAAAGUGCCGAGGAGAUGUAUGAAGAAAUGAUGCAUAAAACCCUCAAAUAUAAAGCUUUUCCAGCUGCAACUGAACGAGAUGAAAUGUUUGAAAAAGAGCCUUUGUAUGGUGGGAUGUUAAUAGAGGAUUAUAUUUAUGAAUCUCUAGUAGAGGACACAUACAAUGGUUCGGUAGAUGGCAGUCUGCUAACAAGGCAAGAAGAUGAAAAUGGUUUUAUGCAGCAGAGAGGGAAAGAGCAAAAAAUAAGAAUUCCAGAACAGAUUUAUGAAGAUCCUAUGCAAAAAAUAACAGACCUCCAGAAAGAGUUUUAUGAGUUAGAAAGCUUACAUUCUGUUGUGCCUCAAGAAGACAUCGUUUCAAGCUCUUAUAUCAUCCCAGAAAGCCAUGAGAUAGUGGAUCUGGGUAGUAUGGUAACUUCUACCAGUGAAGAAAAAAAAUUAUUAGAUGCCGAUGCUGCCUAUGAAGAACUCAUGAAGAAGCAGCAGAUGCAGUUAACACCUGGAGCCAGUCCAACCCAGCCCCACAUCGGGCUUGAUAUGACAGAGUCUACUGUGGAAUUUGACAGGGUGCCUGAUGCAUCUCUGACAUCAAGUGUUCUCUCAGGAGCAUCUCUUACAGAUUCGACCAGCAGUACAACGCUCUCUAUCCCCGAUGUCAAAAUAACCCAACAUUUUUCAACAGAAGAAAUUGAGGAUGAAUAUGUAACUGAUUAUACGAGGGAAAUUCAAGAAAUAAUUGCCCACGAGUCACUGAUUUUGACCUACUCUGAGCCUUCAGAAAGUGCUACAUCUGUCCCACCCUCUGACACACCCUCUCUCACGUCAUCUGUUUCUUCAGUUUGUACCACAGAUAGCUCCUCACCCGUUACUACCUUGGAGGGCAUAACCACAGUUUAUACGGAGCCAGUGGACAUAGUAACUAAGUUUGAAGAUUCUGAGGAGAUUUCUUCAUCAAUGUAUUUUCCAGGCAGUGUUAUAGACUAUCCAGAAGAAAUAAGUAUCUCUUUCGAUCGGACUGCCGUACCAGAUGGAAGAACCAGUGCUGAACAUAUUGUGAUUUCCUUAUCUGAUAUGGAACCUCCUAGCAUAGAAUCUGUAGGAGCUAAACCCGAGGGACUCAUUGCCGGCACUAUUUCCACUGACUCAUCUCCAUCUGAGAAAGACCCAAUGAAGAAAGCCAAGAGGGACACAGGGAAUGGAAUUAUUCUUGAGGUUUUGGAAGCUUACAGAGAUAAAAGGGAAAAGUCUGAGGUUGAACUAACAAAAAUGGGCUUAUCUGAAACUGUGUUUGAUCACCUUCCUUCUUCUGCUAUUGCCAUGGAGGAGCAGGUUCCAGCAACAUGCUUUCUGUCUGGACGGGUCUUUGAUCAAGCAAAACCUGCAUCUCAGUUACCAUCUGGCCGUCCUUCUGUUACCCCUCUACCAACUAAAACUCGUCCAUUCUUUAGAAGUUCUUCUUUGGAUGCAUCAGCCCAACCUCCUCCCCCACCUCCCCCUCCGCCUCCCCCUCCUCCCCCUCCCCCUCCUCCUCCUCCUCCUCCACCUCUUCCUCCACCAACCUCACCUAAACCACCUGUUCAUCCUAAAAAAAAGUUAACAGUUACAACUCCAGUGACUCUAACUCCUACAGCUACACCUCUAGUUGAUGCUGUUACUACAAUAGAGGCCACAGCUAUUCCAAGAAGUAGUGGGUUACCUAUAACAAAAAUAUGUACCACUGCACCUCCUCCUGUUCCUCCUAAACCAUCUUCCAUCCCAUCUGGACUUGUAUUUACACACAGACCUGAGCCAAGUAAACCUCCAAUUGCCCCUAAACCAGCAGUUCCUCAGCUUCCAGUAACUCCACAAAAAUCAGCAGAUACACACCCCAAACCGACAGGUCUAUCUUUAACUUCAAAUUUGACACUAAAUUUAGUGACUUCAGCAGAUUAUAAAUUACCUUCCCCUACUUCCCCACUUUCCCCUCACUCUAACAAGUCCUCCCCAAGAUUUUCCAAAUCCCUCAUGGAAACCUACGUGGUUAUCACAUUGCCUUCUGAACCUGGGACUCCAACAGAUUCUUCAGCUAGUCAAGCAAUUACCAGUUGGCCCCUGGGAUCACCCCCCAAAGACCUGAUUUCCAUCGAACCAGUGUUUUCUAUAGUUUCUCCUUUAACAACUGCAGGAAUGCCAAGUUCUUCAGAACAGAGCUUUUACAUCUCCGGAGCUCUGGAGACAUUUUCUGCUCUCCCUGUCACAACACUGUCUUCAUUUCAGGCAGCCCCAACUUCAGUGACACAGUUUUUUACAACUGAAGUAUCUAAGGCUGAGGUCUCAGCAGCCAGAAGUGCAAUUCCUAGUGUUGGUCUCAGCAGUGUCUCAAUCUCAGUUCCUCCGGAGCCUCUUGCUCUAGAUAACCUACAUUUAGAGAAGCGUCAGCAUAAGGAAAACGGAAAGGUGCAGCUUGUUGGGGAUGCCAUUGAUUUGCGUACAGUACCAAAAGUAGAAGUUAAAGCAACUGAAAAGUGUAUGGAUCUUUCUGCUUCCACCAUGGAUAUGAAAAGGCAGGCCACCGCAAGUGACAUUUAUGGCAGACAGAUUAGUGCUGUCCAGCCCUCCAUUAUAAAUCUCAGUGCUACUCCAUCAAUAAUAAAGCCUAUGUCCCUGGUCACUGAGACAGUGACUGUUGUCACGUGUGCAGCUAGUUCAAGUUACACCACAGGUACAGAAAGCCUAGCGGGCGCAGCACAUGCAACAACAGCACCACUCCAGCUUACUACAUCAAAGCAUGCUGAGCCUCCAUACAGGAUACCAAGUGGCCAGGCCUUCCCUGCAGUUAGGGAGGACGCACCAAUAAACUUAUCCUUAGGUCCUUCGGCACACCCAGUGACAUUGGCUAUUACAAAACCUGUUACUGUGCCUCCUGUUGGUGUCACAAAUGGAUGGACUGAUAGCAUCACAUCCCAGGGGAUCACUGACGGGGAAGUAGUAGACCUCAGUACAACAAAGUCUCACAGAACUGUUGUAACGAUGGAUGAAUCCACGUCAGGUGUGGUGACCAAAAUAAUAGAAGAUGAUGAAAAGCCUGUUGAUCUGACUGCAGGAAGAAGAGCUGUAUGCUGUGAUAUGGUUUAUAAAUUACCCUUUGGAAGGAGCUGCACAGCCCAGCAGCCUGCAACUACUCUUCCUGAGGAUCGUUUUGGUUAUAGGGAUGACCACUAUCAAUACGAUCGAUCAGGGCCAUAUGGUUAUAGAGGGAUUGGGGGAAUGAAACCUUCCAUGUCUGACACUAAUUUAGCAGAAGCUGGACAUUUUUUCUAUAAAAGUAAAAAUGCUUUUGAUUACUCUGGAGGAACUGAUGCAGCAGUAGAUCUAACUUCAGGGAAAAUUGCUACAGGUGAGGUAAUGGAUUAUUCAAGCAAGACUACAGGUCCAUAUCCAGAAACACGACAAGUCAUUUCAGAAGUUGGGAUUAGUACCCCACAGUAUUCCACAGCAAGAAUGACUCCACCUCCAGGAUCCCAGUAUGGUGUGGGGAGCGUUUUGAGGUCAACUAAUGGUGUUGUCUAUUCUUCAGUAGCAACUCCAAUUCCCUCCACAUUUGCUAUUACCACACAGCCUGGCUCCAUUUUCAGCACCACGGUGAGGGAUUUGUCUGUUGUGCACACAGCUGACGCAGUGACUUCAUUAUCCGCCCUGCACCAGAGCCAGCCAAUGCCUCGAUCAUAUUUCCUAACAACAGGUGCAUCUGAAACAGACAUGGUGGCACCUGGUAUUGAUAUCAAUGCCAGUUUGCAAACUCUUACAAUGGAACCUCUUACUGCUGAGACAAUAGACUCAGUUCCCACUUUAACCACAGCAUCUGAAGUGUUUCCUGAAGUGGUGGGAGAUGAAAGUGCUAUUUUAAUUGUCCCCGAAGAAGAUAAACAACAGCAGCAGCUCGACUUGGAGCGUGAGCUCUUGGAACUGGAGAAAAUUAAGCAGCAGCGUUUUGCUGAGGAACUGGAGUGGGAACGUCAGGAAAUUCAAAGAUUCCGGGAACAAGAAAAGAUCAUGGUUCAAAAAAAGCUGGAGGAGCUACAGUCUAUGAAGCAGCACCUUCUCUAUCAGCAAGAAGAAGAGCGGCAAGCCCAGUUCAUGAUGAGGCAAGAGACAUUAGCUCAGCAACAGUUACAGCUGGAGCAGAUCCAGCAGCUGCAGCAACAGCUUCACCAGCAGCUAGAAGAGCAAAAGAUUCGCCAGAUCUACCAGUAUAACUAUGACCCUUCUGGAACUGCUUCUCCACAGACCACAACGGAGCAGGCAAUUUUGGAGGGUCAGUAUGCUGCCCCAGAAGGCAGUCAGUUUUGGGCAACAGAGGAUGCAACCACCACCGCCUCCGCUGUUGUGGCGAUUGAAAUACCACAGAGCCAAGGGUGGUACACGGUUCAGUCUGAUGGUGUUACUCAGUACAUCGCCCCACCUGGCAUCCUGAGUACUGUUUCAGAAAUACCUCUGACAGACGUGGUGGUAAAAGAUGAGAAACCACCCAAAAAGAGAAGCUCUGCAGCUAAAGGCCGUGGACAAUAUGACGAGAUGGGGGAAUCCGAUGAUCCCCGGUGCUUUAAAAAGAUCGUGGACAGCGGCGUACAGACGGACGAUGAGGAUGCAGCUGAUCGGAGUUAUGUGAGUCGGCGGAGGAGAACCAAGAAGAGCGUUGAUACGAGCGUCCAAACCGAUGAUGAAGAUCAGGACGAAUGGGAUAUGCCUACUAGAGCAAGGAGAAAAGCUCGAGUCGGCAAGUAUGGUGACAGCACUACGGAGGCUGACAAGACCAAAUCCCUUUCCAAAGUCUCCAGUAUAGCAGUUCAAACAGUAGCAGAGAUAUCUGUGCAGACUGAACCAGUGGGAACCAUAAGAACACCGUCAGUACGGGCACGCGUGGAUGCCAAGGUAGAAAUAAUUAAACACAUUUCAGCACCUGAAAAGACUUACAAAGGGGGCAGUUUAGGAUGUCAAACAGAAGCAGAAUCAGACACACAGAGUCCUCCAUACCUGAGUGCCACAUCUCCACCCAAAGACAAGAAACGCCCAACACCUUUAGAGAUUGGUUACUCAUCUCACCUUCGGGCAGAUUCCACAUUACAGCUGGCUCCUUCCCCACCCAAAUCUCCAAAAGUCCUUUAUUCACCCAUCUCACCACUUUCACCAGGCAAAGCCUUAGAAUCAGCCUUUGUACCUUAUGAAAAACCCCUCCCUGAUGAUAUAAGUCCGCAGAAAGUACUGCAUCCAGAUAUGGCUAAAGUGCCCCCUGCAAGUCCUAAGACAGCCAAGAUGAUGCAGCGGUCCAUGUCUGACCCCAAGCCUCUGAGUCCAACAGCAGAUGAAAGUUCCAGGGCUCCUUUUCAGUAUACCGAGGGCUACACGACAAAAGGUUCUCAAACCAUGACACCCUCUGGCACCCAGAAAAAAGUUAAGAGAACUCUGCCAAACCCACCCCCUGAGGAGACCUCCACAGGCACUCAGUCAACAUACAGCACAGUGGGCACAGUUUCCAGGAGGAGGAUCUGCAGAACCAACACAAUGGCACGAGCCAAGAUUCUCCAGGAUAUAGACAGAGAGCUUGAUCUUGUAGAGAGGGAAUCUGCAAAGCUGAGAAAGAAACAAGCAGAACUUGAUGAGGAAGAAAAGGAGAUUGAUGCCAAGUUACGGUACCUGGAAAUGGGAAUUAACAGGAGGAAGGAGGCAUUAUUAAAGGAGAGAGAAAAGAGAGAGCGAGCCUACCUCCAGGGAGUAGCUGAGGAUCGGGAUUACAUGUCUGACAGUGAAGUGAGCAGCACCCGACCAACCCGAAUAGAAAGUCAGCAUGGCAUAGAGCGACCAAGAACUGCUCCCCAAACUGAAUUCAGCCAGUUUAUACCACCGCAAACCCAAACAGAAUCUCAACUAGUUCCUCCUACAAGUCCUUAUACACAAUACCAAUAUUCUUCCCCAGCUCUUCCUACCCAAGCACCUACCCCAUACACCCAACAGUCCCAUUUUCAGCAACAGACUUUGUACCAUCAGCAAGUUUCACCUUAUCAGACUCAACCAACAUUUCAGGCUGUUGCAACAAUGUCCUUCACACCUCAAGCUCAACCUACACCAACCCCACAACCUUCUUACCAGUUACCAUCACAGAUGAUGGUGAUACAACAAAAACCACGGCAAACUACAUUAUAUUUGGAGCCCAAGAUAACUUCAAACUAUGAGGUGAUUCGCAACCAACCCCUGAUGAUAGCACCUGUUUCUACUGAUAAUACAUAUGCUGUUUCUCAUCUUGGGAGUAAGUACAAUAGCUUAGACUUGAGAAUAGGAUUGGAGGAAAGAAGUAGCAUGGCAAGCAGUCCAAUAUCAAGCAUAUCUGCAGAUUCUUUCUAUGCGGAUAUUGACCAUCAUACUCCACGAAAUUAUGUCCUAAUUGAUGACAUUGGAGAGAUUACCAAAGGAACAGCAGCACUAAGCACUGCGUUUAGCCUUCAUGAAAAGGAUCUGUCAAAAACAGAUCGUCUCCUUCGAUCCACUGAAACACGUAGGUCUCAAGAAGUGACGGAUUUCCUAGCACCUUUACAGACUUCCUCCCGAUUGCAUAGUUAUGUGAAAGCAGAGGAAGAUCCCAUGGAAGAUCCCUACGAGUUAAAGCUUCUGAAACAUCAGAUUAAACAAGAAUUCCGUAGAGGGGCAGAGAGCUUAGAUCACCUUGCUGGUCUUUCCCAUUAUUACCAUGCUGAUGUGGGCUAUAGACAUUUUCCAAAAUCAGAAAAGUACAGCAUUAGUAGACUCACACUUGAAAAACAAGCAGCAAAACAACUACCAGCAGCCAUACUUUAUCAAAAGCAAUCAAAACAUAAGAAGUCACUAAUUGAUCCUAAAAUGUCAAAAUUUUCACCCAUUCAAGAAAGUAGAGAUCUCGAACCUGAUUAUUCAAGCUAUAUGACUUCUAGCACUUCGUCUCUUGGUGGCAUUUCUUCCAGAGCAAGGCUUCUUCAAGAUGACAUCACUUUUGGCCUCAGAAAAAAUAUUACAGACCAACAGAAAUUUAUGGGGUCAUCUCUUAGCACAGGGCUGGGCACAUUAGGAAAUACCCUAAGGUCGGCUUUGCAGGAUGAAGCAGAUAAGCCAUACAGUAGUGGCAGCAGGUCCAGACCUUCUUCCAGACCUUCUUCUGUCUAUGGCCUUGACUUAUCAAUUAAAAGAGAUUCUUCCAGCUCUUCCCUAAGACUGAAAGCUCAAGAGGCUGAAGCUCUAGAUGUUUCCUUUAGUCAUGCAUCACCUUCUGGCAGAACUAAGCCGACCAGCUUACCAAUUAGCCAGAGUAGAGGAAGAAUACCAAUUGUGGCCCAAAAUUCUGAAGAAGAAAGUCCACUCAGUCCCGUUGGCCAGCCAAUGGGAAUGGCCAGGGCUGCAGCUGGACCCCUUCCACCAAUAUCUGCAGACACCAGGGAUCAGUUUGGAUCAAGUCACUCAUUGCCUGAAGUUCAGCAACACAUGAGAGAAGAAUCACGAACUCGAGGCUAUGACCGUGACAUAGCGUUCAUCAUGGAUGACUUCCAACAUGCCAUGUCCGACAGUGAAGCCUAUCAUCUGCGUCGUGAAGAAACAGAUUGGUUUGACAAACCCAGGGAGUCUCGUUUGGAAAAUGGACAUGGUCUGGAUCGCAAACUACCAGAAAGAUUGGUCCACUCUAGACCAGUUAGUCAACAUCAAGAGCAAAUUAUACAGAUGAACGGGAAGACUAUGCACUACAUCUUUCCUCAUGCAAGGAUAAAAAUAACAAGAGACUCGAAGGAUCACACAGUUUCAGGUAAUGGAUUAGGAAUUAGAAUUGUGGGUGGUAAAGAAAUCCCUGGACAUAAUGGAGAAAUUGGAGCCUAUAUUGCCAAAAUUCUUCCUGGAGGAAGUGCAGAACAGACAGGGAAACUUAUAGAAGGGAUGCAAGUAUUGGAAUGGAAUGGAAUUCCUUUAACUUCUAAAACGUAUGAAGAAGUGCAGAGUAUCAUUAGUCAGCAAAGUGGGGAAGCAGAAAUAUGUGUAAGACUGGACCUCAAUAUGCUCUCAGACUCUGAAAAUCCCCAGCACCUGGAACUUCACGAGCCACCAAAAGCCGUGGAUAAAGCGAAAUCCCCAGGGGUUGACCCUAAGCAGUUGGCAGCAGAGCUCCAGAAGGUUUCGUUGCAACAGUCUCCACUGAUUGUGUCGUCCGUUGUGGAGAAAGGAUCUCACGUUCAUUCAGGUCCUACAUCAGCGGGAUCCAGUUCCGUUCCCAGCCCCGGGCAACCAGGGUCCCCCUCUGUGAGCAAAAAGAAACACAGCAGCAGCAAGCCUACUGAUGCAACAAAGGUUGUCUCUCAUCCGAUUACGGGGGAAAUUCAGCUUCAAAUCAACUAUGAUCUUGGAAAUCUCAUAAUCCAUAUUCUCCAAGCAAGAAACCUUGUCCCCCGAGACAACAAUGGUUACUCAGACCCCUUUGUGAAAGUGUACCUUCUUCCUGGGAGAGGUCAAGUCAUGGUUGUCCAGAAUGCAAGUGCUGAGUACAAGAGGAGGACUAAAUAUGUUCAAAAAAGUCUUAAUCCUGAGUGGAAUCAAACAGUUAUUUAUAAAAGUAUCUCCAUGGAACAGCUCAAGAAGAAAACACUGGAGGUGACAGUCUGGGAUUAUGAUAGAUUUUCUUCCAAUGACUUUCUUGGUGAGGUAUUGAUUGAUUUAUCUAGCACAUCUCAUCUCGAUAACACUCCAAGAUGGUAUUCUCUCAAAGAACAGACUGAAAGUAUUGAUCAUGGCAAGGCUCAUUCCAGCCAGGGCAGCCAACAGUCUCCAAAACCAUCUGUCAUCAAAAGCAGAAGCCAUGGUAUCUUCCCUGACCCAUCCAAGGACAUGCAGGUUCCCACCAUUGAGAAAUCCCACAGUAGUCCCGGUAGCUCGAAAUCCUCCUCCGAAGGCCACCUGCGCUCUCACGGACCGUCGCGCAGUCAGAGCAAAACCAGCGUCACCCAGAGCCACCUGGAAGAUGCAGGGGCUGCCAUAGCUGCUGCCGAAGCCGCAGUGCAGCAGCUCCGCCUGCAACCAAGUAAAAGACGCAAAUAAAUUCCUCAGCAUGGCAGCUUAAUGUUCAUCUGUCGCCUCUCUCUCCUGCUGUCCUUCCCCGUUCGCUUUCCGUGUUCUGGCAGACCCUGCUCCCUCCAUCCUCUGUCCCUCUGUCCGUGUCACAACAGUACCAAGACAUAAAUCUGCUCUUUCUUACUUCGAUUUUUCGUUU